AUGGUGGGGCUGGUGGUGGUCCUGGCGGCGGUGGCGGUGGGUGCGGCCGGUGGCGAGUGGGUGGCCACUGUGCGACAUCGCGGCUCUGCCCGAUGUGUGGCCGGCGAUACCAAGACAGCCGCGGUCGAUGGGCUAGACGAGUGGCAUGUCACGGGCACAUGCUGGCUUCAUGAGGGUACUCGGCGGUACUGGCGAUCCGACAGCGUCACCAUCGGGUACGGCGUCCGCAUCUACCGCGGCUGCCCCGAGCGGACUUGCAGGACCCUGUGCUCGACGUUUGAGUGGUGGGAUGCCGAUGCUGCUGGGCGAGUGCUUGAUGAAGCACACUUGCGCGCGACUGGUGCGCGUCGUGCGCUGCAGGUCCCGCCGCGUGGCGCCGACGUCGGCCGCGUUGGCGACUGCGUCUCGGAUCGCGAGCUCUUUGGCCUCGAGGGCGAUCGGUACGAGUCGUGGCGAGUCGGCGGAUGCGUCAACAGCAUGGGCAGUCUCCUCGCCAACUCGCCUGUCCCGCUACAGGUCACUUACCCGUCGGCUGACUGCGGCGGCGCGCCGAUCGCCCUGCGCAACAUCUCGUGCUUUGCAGCCGGCUCGGACAUGGUUCGGGCUAGCUGCUCGGCGCAGGCAUCCGGCGAGCUUGGUCUCGACUUCCUUGCCCCAUGCGAUGCUCGCUGUGGGAGCUGCGGCACGCAAUGGAUCCAGCACCCACAGCGAUCGACGCCAUUGUGCAAAGACACCACGCCAGCGGUGACCGGCAUCGACGACCGCACAUUCCUGCGCUCCAGCAUCAACCAGUGUGAUGUCCGGCUGCUCUCCGGCGCACUCACUCUUCGCCACCCGUCGAUCACGGCCUUCGCCGCCCUUAUCGUUAUCAGCUGCGUUGCCGCGCUCUUCAUGUAG